AUGGGAAAAGGUGCUGAGUGUACAGCAAUUAUUGUUGGUGCAGCAACAACUGGUGCUGGUACUGGUGCAGGUUUUGGUGCAGUCACUGCCAGUUGUGUCUUUCCAGGGCUUGGAACCGUUGCUGGUGCUACUGGUGGUGCUAUUGUUGGUGGUACUGCUGGAUUUGUUGCUGGAGUUUUUGGUGCUGUUGUUCAUGCUAGGGAUGAUAAAUGA